AUUCUAUAAAUAUAACAAGAACAAGUGUACAUAAUUCACAAAACAAAAAACACACAAAUUUUCUACACUAAAGAGAUUAUACAGUUGACAUAUAUAGCUGAGGAUAUAUGGCACCACCUCCAACGCCGCCCGUCGUAGCGCCGCUAGUAAAACUAGUGGUGAGAGUGCUUACUUUCAUUUGCUUGCUCAUAGGACUCAUCAUCCUCACCACCAACACCGCCUCCAUUUUCAUCAACUUUGCGGAAUUUAAGAUCCGUUUCCAGGAUGUUAAAGCCUAUAGGUACAUGCUUGCGACUAUUGUAAUUGGCAUCGCGUAUACUCUCAUGCAAACUGCACUCACCGUCUAUGAAGCAACCAGAGGAAACCGCAUUGGUGGCCAAGGCUUCCUUCUCUUCGACUUUUACGGUGACAAGUUUAUAUCGCUGUUGCUGGCAACGGGCACCGGUGCAGGGUUCGGCGUGACAGUAGACUUGAAAGAUCAGUAUGGCGCAAUAACUUCGGGCUACGACAAGUUUUUUGACAAGGGUUAUGCUGUUUCUAGCAUGCUUCUCAUUGCAGUUCUCUUCUCGGCUGUUUCUUCUAUUUUCUCAUCUUUAUCGCUGCCUAAGAGAGCUUAGUUCCGUUAGUGAGUCUUGUGUUAAUUCAUCGUUGUAUUUAGAUUUGAAUACGAUAAGUUUCUGUAAUUUAGAUCAUUUGCAGUUGUUGUACUUCCAAGAUUAUUCAUUGUAGUAUUUUAUAUUCAUUGUAUUCAUUGUAAUUGUUGUAUUA